AUGAGUAUUAAAGACCAAGAUCAAGCCUUACCUUCCAUAGAUGGUGACGAGGUAGCCUUCAGAUUCCCUAAGGAUCAGAAAGUAGAUUCAUUGGAUCCAUACUGCAAUAAUUAUAAUUCUGAUAUGGCUCUUUGGAGGGAAAAUGAUGCUCGCUAUUUGGAACUUGAAUCAAAUUAUGAAUUUGACCACAAAGACAAUUUAUUUUUCGGAAAACAAAUUAUUUGUGACGAAGUCGACUUAGAAGGGCCUUAUGAGCAAACGCUAGUCUUUCCUAAAGAAGAAGAACCUACAUUUUCUAUAAUUCUUCCUCAAGAGAGUGAGGGAUUUUCAUUUUCAAAAAUACACGAGAAUAGGAUUCAAAUAGAAGAAGUCCCAAUCUGGUUUGCUAAUCAUCCCAAAGCUAAUGAUUAUGAAGAAUCUAGCUAUAAAGUUCGCUGUGGUGGCCAGUUGAACAAAUUAGUGCCUUAUCUCAUGGAGAGAUUAAACAGCUCAUUUUUUGAAGAAUUUUAUGCCAAACAAGUAUCACCCAAUAGAUCCAGAGGUAGACCAAGAAAGAUCAAGGACACUGACAAAGAUACUCUCUGGGCCGAGAUCUUAGAUAAACUUGUCCUAAAGGCUAAUGAUAGAAAAGCAAAGCAAAGAGCUGAUGCCAAAAAUACCUCAGUAUGCAGAGAUGUCAAAAAAGUAGUAGAUCACAUUUUAAAAUAUAUCGGUUCAAAAUGAAGAUAUAAAUCAGCCAAUAUGGCACAUGUCAUUGAGUCCUACACUGAAGCAUUCACUGUUGGAUUUGUGCCCAUUAUCUUUGAAGGCGAAGCACUUGAUAACAAAGUCAAGACUUUCUGCGAAUUUAUUAUCAUUGCCUACCCUAAGGAGAAGGUUCAGAAAAUCAUUACAAUGAUUAAGGAAGCCGGCUUUCUUGAUGCCCAUGAAUGAGAAAACUUCAUGAGUCAACUAAAUAAUAGAAAGAAGUCUUCCAAAGCGAAUUUUCAGAGGCUAGUUAGACAAAAUUCUUGUUUUAAGAGCAUAAUCUUAAAACUGUUGUCUAAACUAGACCACUGUGCCUUGAAUGGCAAAGAAUCUUACAAGGACGUUCUGAGGUCUAUUCUGUAUCCCAACUUUAUUCCUAAAAUGCCAAAAAGAUCAAGAAGAACCAAGAAGAGAUCAUAAGCUCCCUGGAGUAUUCCAACUGAAUACAUUUAGAUUUGAAAUUUGGAAAAGAAAAUCUAAUAGUGAAUUUAUUCCUAAAUAGUUGGUUAAAAAAGUUGGUCGAUUCUAAUUUUGAAUUCUAUUCU